GAAUGAAAUCAUUUAAUUCAUUUGAUCCAUCUUCACAACCCAUUUUGAUGGGAACAACAACCGUUUUGUAUGUACCACUACCAGCGUAAACUGUUCGGAAGCAAUUACGACGUUGUUAUCACAGACCACAAAUCUAACGGACGCCAUGAUUCUUGUUUUCUUUCAGUGGGUAACAGCUGACACGAAGUGAAUUAGAAACAAAGGAAACACGCACUCGCCAUAGCUGACUGGUAUGCUCAUACAGUAUUAUAGGGAUGCCCAAGGAAAAAUAUGAUCCGCCAGACCCAAGGCGGAUGUACACAAUAAUGUCCACUGAGGAGGCAGCCAAUGGGAAGAAGUCAUACUGGGCUGAGCUCGAAAUUAGUGGUAAAGUGAGGAGUCUGAGCACCUCAUUAUGGACGUUGACUCACCUCACUGCUCUUCACAUCGGCGAUAACUCCCUCUCUCGUAUCCCGCCCGAUAUUGCCAAACUUCAAAACCUGGUGUACCUGGACCUCUCAUCCAACAAGAUCAGGAGCCUGCCCGCCGAGCUUGGCAACAUGGUGUCUCUCAGGGAACUUCUUUUAAACAAUAACCAGUUGCGGGUUCUACCUUUUGAGCUUGGAAAGCUGUUUAAGUUACAAACACUGGGGUUAAAAGGAAACCCACUUGCACAAGAAAUAUUGAACCUCUACCAGGAGCAUGAUGGCACGAGGAAACUGCUCAACUACCUUCUGGACAAUCUGGCAGGAACCAAACGAGUCAACUCCGAGCAACCCCCACCCAGAUCAUGGAUUGUCAUGGCCGAGCCUGACCGGGCACGAACAGCAGCCUUGUUUUCUGUGAUGUGCUACAACGUGCUGUGUGAUAAGUAUGCCACGCGCCAGCUCUACGGCUACUGCCCCUCCUGGGCCCUUAACUGGGAGUACAGGAAGAAGUCCAUCAUGCAGGAGAUCAUGAAUUGCAACGCUGACAUCAUUAGCCUACAGGAAGUGGAAACAGAGCAGUACUACAACUACUUCCUACCGGAGCUGAAGGACCAGGGUUACGAGGGCUUUUUCAGCCCCAAGUCCCGCGCCAGGACCAUGUCCGAGUGUGACCGCAAGCAUGUGGACGGCUGCGCCAUAUUUUACAGAACCGAAAAGUUCAGCCUGGUGCAGAAACACACGGUGGAGUUCAACCAGCUGGCUAUGGCGAACUCUGAGGGCUCAGAGGCCAUGCUCAACAGAGUCAUGACCAAGGACAACAUUGGUGUGGCCGCUCUUCUAGAGGUGCGCAAGGAGAUGAUGGAGCAGUCUGUGGGGAAGUCUCUGCACGGCAUGGAGAAACAGCUCCUCCUGGUGGCCAACGCCCACAUGCACUGGGACCCGGCGUACUCCGACGUCAAGGUGGUCCAGACCGUCAUGUUCCUGUCUGAGGUGAAAAACAUAGUGGAGAAGGCCACGCGCAGCCUCAAGCUCUCCUCAGUCUCCGGGGAGACAAAUGCCGUCCCACUCGUCCUGUGUGCUGACCUCAACUCACUGCCCGACUCUGGUGUGGUGGAGUACCUGAGCUCGGGCGGAGUGGACAGCACCCACAAGGACUUCAAGGAGCUUCGCUACAUCGACAGCCUGACCAACUUCAACUGCAACGGCAAGAAUGGCACGUCCAACGGCAGGAUCACCCACAGCUUCAAGCUGAAGAGUGCCUACGAAAACGGCCUGAUGCCUUACACCAACUACACCUUCGACUUCAAGGGCAUCAUUGACUACAUCUUCUACUCUCAGCCUACGCUCAAUGUGUUGGGGGUUUUGGGUCCUCUGGAUCCUCACUGGCUCCAUGAGAACAAUAUCAGCGGCUGUCCCCACCCCCACAUCCCCUCCGAUCACUUCUCCCUGUUUGCACAACUGGAGCUGCUCCUCUCCUACCCGUCAUCAGUCAACGGAAUCCACCUGCCAGGGCGCAGGUAGUUCUCCGAGCCACAAGAGGGAGCUGUUGCUCCAACCUCGUUCUAUUUUUCCUGCAAAGUCGACAAACACAUUCUGUAUCAAUCAAAAUACAAUAAUAGGAGUGGGAUAUGGCCAGCAUUUUUCCCCCAUGGAUUUUAACUGAAGCAAAAGUUCACGACGAUCUCAACAAUACGUCUAUCACAUUUUCUGGGCACAAUUUAAUGUUGUAUAUUUCUUUCACACCGUAUCCCACGUAGCAGUCCUGGGUGUUUCGUUUUUACGUAACCUGCAGAUAAAUUGUUGAAUUGUGUGGCAAUACCAUCAGGCCCACAGGGAGUGCAUGCAUCUGUAGAGUAUUUUCCCACCUCUUAUCACCAGUGAGAGAUUUUGUUACGGGGGGAUUCUUCAUGUCAAAAGCAAGAGCUGGUGACUAACGGCGAGUAAACUGUAGGCUAUAAAAAAUAGUUGCACACUAUAUUAAGGGUAAUUGAUUGUGUAAACCAACGUUUUGGUGUUAGUACCACAGUGCCGAAAUGUUGGUGGUUUACCCAAUAAAUUACUGGGAGUGUGUGUGCGUAUGUGUAUAUACACACACACAUGUAUGUGUGGCUCUCUUUAUAUCCUAUAGGGAUUGUUCAUGUCACCACAGUCCAGUCAGAGCAAGCGGCAAAAUCUCAAGACGCCACCAAUCAACUAGAUAAACCCACAAGGCCGAUAUACCAGCUUUAACCAGAGUCAGUCUCAGCCGCUCCAAAUCCAUUCCCUAGCAUUGCCGUAUCUUGCCAUAAAGAGUGUAGUAGGUUUGGAGGUGCUGGAGAGAGCAGGCCAAACGUUGCACUUUUGCACUCGCUGCUUCUGAGACCACCUCUCCGGGUGCUAAAAGCCUGUCCUCUAGCUCAGCGGCUCCAUUUUAUACUGAGUGGUGCAAUCGCUCUGUGCAGCUAAAGCACAAAGGCAUUUUCAAACCUCCUCUUUGAAAGACUACUGUAAAAUGUCUAUUUCAGUGUAUGAUGCUAGGAUGAUAAUACGUGUAACUUAUCUAGACUCAUAGCAUUAACACCUCGGACUGGUUCUGUUUUUUAUGGCCUAAUCACAAAUCUGAACAUCAUCGCAAAAUGAAGCGACUGCCUUUUUAAUAUUGCAAUGCAAUUUUACCUUAGUCACGUGCCAUAGAGCCAUUUUGAAUCUAGCAUCAGAUAUAAAAAUGUUACAAAAACCACCAGUCAUUCACUGGGAAUGACCUUUAGUGAUCCUUAGCAAUGGGGCUUAGGGAUUUAGAAAGGGAAAAAUGGUCACAGUCAGUCUGACUUGGCAGCUUCCAAACAGGUUGUCUUAUGGAAUUGAGCAGGGGCCAACUUGCUUUAAAUCACAAAUGGUUUAAAGCAGGGUGGACAUCCCCCCCCCCCCCCCCCCCCCACACAAAAAAAAAAUGCUCAGACAGAUCUGUGGUGCUGUCUUUUAGGCCAGUAGCAAACCUUCCAUUACAAAGACAUCCACUCUUUAAUCCAGGGUUAUUCCUCUCCAUUACUAAUAGCUAUUUGUUUGAUACAGGAACUUGGGCUAAAAUUGAUUGUAUAUGAACUGCAGAAGUCCUAAUACACUGCAUUAUUUUGUACCUGUAAGUAUGGUCAGAUUUGGAGAAAAAUGAUUGUAUUGUAAAUUAAGGCUAAAUUUGUAUCCAUUUUAAUUGUUUAAAGUUAAGAAAAUGUAAAAGACCAGCUUGUACAAAAAACGAAACAAUAGAGGUUUUUUCAGGUUUCCGCCGUUGCAAGUUGCACUUGACCAGGUUACAUUUUCCCGGUUUAACCACUUUUUUUAAAUUGAAUGCAUUUCAGAGGCAGGUUUCUGGCUAUUUUCUCACAUCUGUCUUUGGAAUUUGCAGUAAAACAUAAAACGUGCCUCCCUGAUUCUGUUCUCUAAUGCACUGCCAGUGCUAUCAGUGAACACCUGAACAGCUUCCUAUUUUUCUCAAAUUGAAAACACCGUUAGAAUAAUUUUUUUUUUGUAUUAGCUAUCAAACAUAUUUUCUCCUUGUCUCACUUAGUUGAUAUUUUAGAGUAAUCGGGUAAAGUGGCUGUUUUUGCUGGGCUUUAAAAAAAUGUUCAGCUUAAACUAUAAGCCGCUCUUGUCUCUUAACGUGUUUUAGAUCGGUUUUUAUCAUGUCCUUUGUUUUGUCUUUUCGAGGAACCCGAUCAUGCAGAGGUCCAUACUUGGAAGCCUCCCCCUCUUCCUCAGUCUAGUGUAAAAUAGUUGUAUCUAGAGCCACUGACUCCAACUCAGGCAAUUCUCUUAAAAUGUUGUUUCAUUUUUGAGGUGUUUUCGUAUGUCUACUGCUAGACCACAGUGAUAUAUUCUAUUGUCUCUAGUGCCAUUUGAUGCAUUCUACUUCAAGGCCAAUUGUUAAGUCCACUUAUAUACUGUACAGGAAAAUAUCAAGGUAAAAAAUGAACUAAAGGGGGCAUAAAAUGUUAUUCAUAAAUAUUGCUCUGAGCUUGUUGUGAGCCAGCGCUAUGGCGUGGCCCAGCUUGUUUCCUAACCACAGUAAGAUCAGCUACAUGAAAAAAUAUGAUCCGUUUUAAAUUAUUGAUAUUUUCUCUUAAGGCUAAUUUGCGUGUUUUGUUGUGCUCUCCUGAAUUCAGUUUUUUUAUUCAAUGGAUUGACAAGCACUUAUUGUAGAUCACUAGUGCAGCUACUCAUGUGGCUUUUUUUAAAAUGAUACUUUUGCUGUUUUGUAAAAGCCAAUUUUUUAUGAAUUUUACCAAGCAGGAGAAAACGGAAAGGGUUCCGUCUUGGUCCUUUUGUUGUCCCUUUCAAUUUUCCACCAUCCUCUUUUGUUUUACAUCAAAAUCAAUGUAUCUGGUUAAUUAUAUUAGAUUGCUGAUGGUGUUGUAGCUAAAAAGAGAUUUUUUUUGUUGUAAAUUGUGAAUAAAUUGUAUCACGUUUCCUUUCAUGAAUUGUUUGUGUAUCAUGACAAAUGUAUGAUUGGUUUGUCUGUCUUUUCUCAUAGUUUUUCUUUUGUAAUUCUCAAACCAAAUUUAUUUUUGUGAUAAUGUUGGCACACUGAAUUAUAGAUUUAUAUGGUUGCUAACUUUUGAUUUAAGAGAACAUGAUUUGAACAGUAUUUUAAACAAUUGACAAACAUCCUAGAGAACAGUCACAGAUAAAAGAUUUGUCAUUGUCACCAAAUUAUAUUCUCCAACUUUUAGCUGUAUAGAACCUUGUUAUCGGAUGUGGGUUUUGGUUAGGUAGAGUGUCGGGUAGUAGCCAAUGUUGACGAGAUGGCUGGUGUAAAAGACUCUUUGCUUGUAGAUGUGCAGCAUUUUGAGGUUCCGCUGAUUUAGCCAACAUUUAUGACCAUUUGACCCAUACAUUAUUCCCCUGCUGUUUGAUCUGUUGGCAGACCCUAGACUAGAUGGUGGGAAUGGAGAUGUUUGGCAGGCACUAGUCACGGCCUAGUUUACUAACAUCAUUUAGGCCCAACUAAUCCCUGGCAAUGUAGGUAUCUUGCCUUCACCUCUGUUACGUUUGAUAACUGGUGCAUCUAGUCCACCACAGUCCUAGUUCAUAGGCAAAAUAUGAAUUUGAUGUGACUGUCAGAUAAUUGGCACUCAGUCUUUAUGUAUAGUUUACCCAAACUUGGCAAUAAUAAUAAUUAAAACGUUCAACUUUUUUGAAUUUCUUGUUUUGUAAUGCUUUGGCAGAAUUUACAAUUACCUGUCUUUUCCAUUUGAAUCUGUCUCCUUUUCAUGGACCUUUCUCAAUCUGUUUACCAUUCUCUCUUAAGUAGAAGUAGUAAUGCAAUGGUUAGGUUUGUGGCCAGCUGAAAGUUAAGUGUAUAGAGGUAAUGUGUCACUAUGUAAUGCACUGGACCAACUCUUGUUUACCAGUUAUGGAAUACCAGCAACACACUUGCACAAUGUUUUAAAGAGUUAUGUAUUUGAAGAAAAAUAUAGAUAUAUAAAACAUGGCAGCUGUUUUUAAUGUAAUAUUAGGACAUGUACAGCAACCUAAUGGUAAACCAUGGUCUUCAUUAUUUCACUGUUAUCCUCUAGUCUUGGUUCUCUUGAGUAGUCGUGUUUAUACCAGGGUCAGCUUGUUUCCUUUACACCUCUGUAUUUUUUUUCCUACUUCUGGUUGACUAUAAAAUUCUAUAUCUGUU